GGAACAUCUAGGCGCGCCGUCCUAUAACCAUUUUAAACGGAACAAAGAAAAAUUUAAAUGAUGAGUGGCUUUCUCUACAAGCUUUGGAAAAAGAUUCUCCGAGUUGUAUUGAGCAAACAAAUUUUAAAGCGAUAAUCUCCUCAUAUCUAUGUGUUGUUGUUUUACAGAAUUGGCUGAGAAGGUUGCAAAUUCAGACCAACUUUUGCAUAUAAAAUCAAUGGGCAGUGAAGGGGAGUCUUCUGGAAUGAAGCCGAAUUUACCAUGGGCAAGGCUCGUUUCUUGCAACAUGAUGCAUAAAGAUAUGGAGAUUAAAGAAGAUGAUGUUACUUUUGAUUCGUCAGAUAUGGGAUUACAUAGUAAUGUUACUAUAAAUUCUUGUAGAAUAUGUAGAAAUGUGGACUUGGGGAUUGUAAAGCUUCAAAAUCUAAGUUCUUCUGAGAUGCUUAUUGAUGGACAAUUGCUGGGAAAAGAUGAACAAAUUGUCCUUGAAAAUGGAAACGAAAUCAUUUUUGGCUCUGAAAGAAAUGGCCAUCCUAUUUACCAUUUUAAUUUAAUUUGUGGAGAUCAACAUGGAAAAUUAAGUGAAAAGGUAUCAUUGCUUGUCGACAACUUGAAGUGCAGUAUUUGCUUGAACAUAUGGUGUGAUGUUGUAUCUAUCACACCCUGCCUGCAUAAUUUCUGUAAUUCAUGCUUUUCUGAAUGGUAUAAACGAUCUGGAGAAAAGGGAAUAAAAUGCAUUUGUCCUCAAUGCCGAUCAGAUAUUUAUUCUGUGGGCCGUAACCAUUCUUUACGAAAUAUUGUUGAGUGUUUGAUGCAGGAUAUGCUGAAAGACAAUCCAUCAUUGCAGCGCUCAGCAAAAGAAAGCAGUCAGCUGGAUAAUGCAAUUGUCCAAUCAGACAUUAUGAUAUUUGAUCACAAGCGUCCCUUUCACAUGUCUGCACCAUUCACUGAAAGUAGUGACAGUGAUGAUGAGAGUUUCAAUAAUGGGAUGGGAGCUCAAUGUCCACAGUGUAUUCCUCUUCAAGGUUCUGUUGGAGAAGGUUUUCAUUGUGUGCGGGAGACUGUUCAUUUGACUUGCCAGUCAUGCUGGGGGCUAAUGCCUUUAAGAACUGAUAUAUCUGUUCCUCAGAUGUGUUUAGGAUGUAGAAAAGUACUCUGUAAGGCCUAUUGGGAUUCACAAAAUGCUCUAAAUGAUGGAUCUCAUUUUAAUGUUCAGUGCAACAAUGAUGCAGUUCUGCCGAUCUCAAGGCAUAUAUUUUCAGAAGUUCCCGAGCAAACCCAUGGAGGCAAUACCAUUGAACAAGAUAUAACAAGAAGGUGUAUUCAUGAUCAAGGAAAGACAGUAUCUGAGGUUGUGCAAGAAUGGAAUUUGAAACUUGAUGCUGGUGAAAUUGAUCAACCAAGACUACCGGCAAAUCCAAUCGGCCAAAUUACUUCAGCAACUCCUCUUUGCAAUUCAUGUGCCAAAGUUGUGAUUGCCCAUAUUUUGCACUGGUUUCGACUUUCUGUGCCCAAAAAUGAGCUCCCCCGAGAUGCAGCUGGCAGAGAGGACUGUUGGUGGGGACAUGGAUGUCGAACUCAACACCAUAGGGUGCAUCAUGCUCAAAUGCUAAAUCAUGUUUGUGACCCAAUUCGAAGGCCUCGACAAUAACAAAUUUACGAUGUAGGAUAAUAGGCUAGUUCAAUUAUUACAUAAUUUUCGAAUAUUUUUAAUUUGCAGUAUUCCCUGAAUGUUCACAACUUAUAUUAUGGUUAACAGAGUUUUUAUUUGUCAGAUGUAUUGACAUCUUUAUCAAUCGCUGCUUUUGGUUUUUUUUUAUCAAAGGUAUAUAAAUUAUGUACA